CCCCGGCUCUUCUCGUCAGGAUGAAGCUGCUUGGUCAUAGGCACCAGCCCAAAGCUCAACAUGUUCUGGACCAGCACAGGAGAAAGCAGAGGGUCCAUUCUGCCCAGAGAGACAUCUCCCCAGUGCCCUCUUCCUACUCGGAACCCGUCUCCCUGAGGCAGCGGAAGGGUGUGACUGGUGAGUUGCCAUGGCAACGUGGGUGUGGCAUCUGGGAGGAUGAGGAUGAGACGCAGAGUGUGAAGAGCGUGCAGUGCGGGAGAAGGGUCAAGCGGCCACGGGGAUUUGCCAAAGCCACGGACCUUAAACUACCGCCGGUCUCCGUUGAUGGCAGUAAAGUCCGGUGCAGUUUGAUGGUACGGGGAUCCAGCUACCCCCAUGGGUGUGCAUUCCCUCCCAUAUGCCAGCCCAGGACCGCUCGGACCCGAGGCCUGGAGAGACCGCCGUCUCGGGCUGGGAAGAGAGGGGUGGAGAGGCUUUGUGAGGUGGAGGACUGCAGCAGAAAUGCUGACCCCAGUCACAUGACUACAGAGAACCUCCACAUCCAUCCACCUGCCUCCACCUGUGUCCCGGCUAAAGAGCAGGGCAGGAUAGAGGACCGCACCCCAGCGGCGGGUGAAGUAUCCUUGGGGCUGGGGAUCUACAUCCCCAGAGGCCCUGCUGGAGGGAGAGACCUUCUCCCCCGGAAGCCCCAAGGCUGGAAGGAGCUCUGGCAAGUAAUGGUGCCCCAGAAGGAAGGUAUGCGCUCUCCCUCCAGGCUGCAGCAGCAUGGCGGCCAGGAGUUUGCUCUCCGGCCGCGUGGCAGAGGGGAGCCACAGGACAGCAUCCUGACCCCAAACCCUGGGCACGGGCCCCACGUGCGGAGACCACCCUGUCGCUGUAACAGUCCUGCCACCUCUCACCUCCUUCAGCUGCCUGGCUCGUCGUUCCCUUCAGUGCCAGCACGUUGCUUGGCAACCCGCACUGUGGAGCUGGCCAGCUCCAAUGGGGGGUUGCUGCCCAAAAUCACCAUGACCUGCCCCACCCCUAAAAUUCUCCCCUAAACUCCACCACUAAAGUACUUCCCUAAACCUCCUGAAUUAUUCUUUAUCUCUUUUUCAGGCCUGUACCUCCAAAUCUGUCCUUUAAUCCCCAGCCCUAUUCUCCAGUCUAUUACAAUAUUUAUUAAACCUAACUCUUAAACAUUUCUAAAUCCCAACUACUAAACCUCACUCACAAAUCCCCUGGCUGAGAUAUACCCAGAACUGAAGUUUUCACUAAGGCUCCGUGAUUAAUGUUUCAGAUCAGACUCGUUAUACUUUCAUAGACAACUGCAUACUUUUGGAGCACUCUGGACAUUUUCUUAAAUGAUCUUAAUCAAGCUAUGAAAAAUACCUGACUUUAAUACACAAUGUAAUAUUAACUGACGUGUGAGAAUGUUCAUUCUCACAAAAAUUGACACUUUCCAAUGUUUACAUUUCGGCGAUGACAGAGGUUCAUUAACCUGCCUAAUGAAUUCUUUUUUGCAUACCAUGUGUCAUUAAAGAGCUACAUUUUUCA